GACCUCGCCCGUUCAUAUCGCGGUUUAUAUGUUUCGUAUCACAGACGUGCGUAUUUACUGCUGCGCCUUCGCCUUCGUCUGUCGAUCGUCGUAUCGAGCUGGGGGUCGCGGUCGCAAACGAAUGCCAGAAAAGCAAAAGCUGCUCCAACAGGCUACCGUGGCCGUUGAAACCCGUAUUGAUCCCCCAAUAUCCUUUCACUUCCCCUUAAUCAAAGUCCUCCCAAACAAAGAGUGUCUUUCGUCCGUCGCCGCAAUUAGACCCGCGCUCGCAUGUAGUUGGUUUGAUGGUGUAUAAGUUCCACGGCAGUCAGUAUAAAGUAGUUACAGCUAUGGACUAUGGAAGACAAAAAGGAACAUAAGCCACACAGCCAAGCCCCCAAAAGCGGGCCGAGUCAGCCACGCCAAAGUACGCAAGCCAGCUGCCACUGCACGAGGGACAAGUAGAUGCUGCCACAUGGCGUGUGAGCAAAAAGACGGAAACGCCUGGUCCUGCGAUUUGGAUGUCCACAUGCCACGCCCGCCUCUUGCAAUAAAAACGGUUUGAAACCACCGGCAGGGGCCGCCUUGAAUCGUGCCAGCACUAGAGUCCUUUGCUUGCUAGAAUGUUACACGUAGCAAGGAAAGAGAAGAAAGGAAGGCAGGCAGGCAGGCAGGCCUUGGCGAACAUUUGCCUUGACAGCUCCAGGGAGCGAGAGCGGGAGCCAAAAACAACAAAAGUAACCUUGAAAUAAGAAAAAAUAAACUCCCAUGAGCCUGAACCCGG